UGCCGCUUGCUCCAGCCGGGGGUCGGGUGAGGGUGUGCGGACGGAGUGUCUGCCUGUUGGUGAGUCAACAGCAAGGCAGCGGCAGAGCAGAGCUCACCUGUGGGUGAACAUUCAGAAAGGUUCCCUUUGCAGGCAGUAGCGGCAAAGCAUCAUCAUGUCCCAUGUGGAAAACCGUGCCAUGACUUUUGUCGAAAACCGUUCCACGACCCAUGUAGAAAAUCGCCGGGUGACCCAGCUGGAGAGCCGCACGAUGACCCAGACAGAGACCUUGCAGUACAGUCACAACUAUGAGUACGAACUGCAGGACUACAUGAUGCAAGAGGACGAUUGGGACAGAGACCUCCUCUUGGACCCUGCCUGGGAACAACAGCAGAGAAAGACUUUCACUGCUUGGUGCAAUUCACAUUUGCGGAAAGCUGGCACUCAGAUCGAAAAUAUUGAAGAAGACUUCAGGAAUGGCCUUAAACUUAUGUUGCUUUUGGAAGUUAUUUCUGGUGAACGCCUCUCGAAGCCAGACCAGGGCAAGAUGCGGUUCCAUAAAAUCGCGAAUGUUAACAAAGCUCUGGACUACAUAGCUGGCAAAGGAGUAAAACUCGUAUCAAUUGGUGCUGAAGAAAUAGUCGAUGGGAAUGUAAAGAUGACACUGGGAAUGAUUUGGACGAUCAUCCUCCGUUUCGCUAUUCAGGAUAUUUCUGUAGAGGAAACAUCUGCUAAGGAGGGCCUACUCCUCUGGUGCCAGAGAAAGACUGCUCCAUAUAGGAACGUAAAUGUGCAGAACUUCCACACAAGCUGGAAAGAUGGCCUUGCUCUCUGUGCGCUCAUCCACAGACACCGACCUGACCUUAUUGACUACUCCAAGCUGCAAAAGGAUGAUGCCCUUUACAACUUGAACCUUGCCUUUGAGAUUGCAGAAAAAGAACUGGAUAUUCCAAAAAUGCUGGAUCCAGAAGAUUUUGUAAAUGCAGCAAGACUUGACGAAAGGGCUGUUAUGACUUAUGUUUCCUGUUACUACCAUGCGUUUGCAGGUGCAAGGAAGGCUGAGAUGGCUGCUAACAGAAUUUGCAAGAUACUGGCGGUUAAUCAGGAGAAUGAAAAAUCAAUGGGAGAUUAUGAGCAGCUGGCCAGCGAGCUCCUGCAGUGGAUUAAGAGGACCAUUCCCUGGCUGGAAAAUCGGACCCCGGAGAAGACCAUGCAGGCCACGCAGCAGAAGUUGGAGGAUUUCCGAGACUAUCGCCGUCUGCACAAACCCCCCAAAAUCCAAGAGAAGUGUCAGUUGGAAAUCAACUUCAACACAUUGCAGACCAAGCUGCGGAUCAGCAACAGGCCAGCCUUCAUGCCUUCUGAGGGCAAAAUGGUUUCAGAUAUUGCAAGUGCGUGGCAGCGUCUUGAGCAGGUAGAAAAAGGCUAUGAGGAAUGGCUCCUGAGUGAAAUAAGAAGGUUGGAGCGUUUGGAGCACCUUGCUGAGAAGUUCAGACAGAAAGCCACAUCUCAGGAAGUGUGGUCACAUGAGAAAGAUUAUAUUUUGAUGCAAAAAGACUAUGAAUCCGUUAGUUUGACUGAAGUCCGGGCCUUGCUGAGAAAGCAUGAGGCUUUUGAGAGUGAUCUGGCUGCACACCAGGACCGAGUGGAGCAAAUAGCUGCCAUCGCACAGGAGUUGAACGAGUUGGAUUAUCACAAUGCUGCUGGAGUAAAUGAACGAUGCCAGAAAAUUUGUGAUAAAUGGGAUAAUUUUGGAACUCUCACUCAGAAGCGGAGAGAAGCUUUAGAGAGAACUGAAAAAUUACUGGAAACUAUCGAUCAGCUCUUCUUAGAAUUUGUAAAGAGGGCUUCACCCUUUAACAACUGGAUGGAAGGAGCAAUGGAAGAUCUGCAAGACAUGUUUAUUGUCCACAGCAUUGAAGAGAUUCAGAAUCUUGUAAUGGCUCAUGAACAGUUUAAAGCCACCCUUUCAGAAGCAGACAGUGAGAGACAAGCCAUUCUGGGAAUUCUCAAUGAAGUGCAGAAGAUUAUUCAGACUUAUGGCAUUUCAUCUGCAAAGUCCAAUCCAUAUACCAGCAUAACCCGUGAAGAAAUUAAUGCCAAAUGGGACAAGAUGAAGCAAAUGGUUCCUCAGAGAGACUCGGCCCUGCAAGAGGAGGUUGUACGGCAGCAUUCCAAUGAGCGUCUCCGUCGGCAGUUUGCCAGCCAAGCUAAUGUCGUUGGACCUUGGAUCCAGCGUAAGAUGGAGGAUAUAGCUCAAAGUUCUAUUGCAAUGAGUGGAACGCUGGAAGAUCAAAUGAACCAACUGAAACAGUACGAGGAGGUGGUCAUUAACUACAAACCCAAUGUUGACAAGCUAGAAGGAGAACAUCAGCUCAUUCAAGAGGCCCUCAUCUUUGACAACAAGCACACCAACUAUACCAUGGAGCACAUCCGAGUUGGCUGGGAGAUGCUGCUCACUACAAUUGCCAGGACUAUCAAUGAGAUCGAGACGCAGAUUCUAACAAGAGAUGCAAAAGGAAUCACUCAACAACAAAUGAAUGAAUUCCGGGCUUCAUUCAACCACUUUGACAGGCUAGAUGAUUCUGGCAAGCUGCGACCAAGGGAAUUCAGAGCCUGCCUCAUCAACCUUGAACAUGUUGGCAAUGAUAUACAGAAGAAGAAUGGAGCGAUGGAGCAUGAUGAUCUCAGAGCUUGUCUCAUCUCCAUGGGUUUUGAUCUGGGGGAGGCUGAGUUUGCUCGGAUCAUGAACUUAAUUGAUCCAGAUAAUACUGGCAAAGUGACUUUCCAGUCCUUCAUCAACUUCAUGACCCGAGAGACUGCUGACACAGACACAGCCGAUCAGGUCGUGGCUUCCUUCAAGAUUCUAGCAGGAGAUAAGCCUUACAUUCUUCCUGAGGAACUGCGUCGAGAGCUGCCAAGCAAGCAGGCUGAGUACUGCAUUUCCAGCAUGCCUUCGUACCGAGGACCAGGCAGCGUUCCAGGAGCCCUGGACUAUGUCUCAUUUUCAACUGCGCUGUAUGGCGAAAGCGACCUGUAAUGAAGAAUUCUCGCAAUCUUUUCUUUCCAAAGCUUAAAUAUUUUAAUGGUAGAAAGUGUGGAACAAUGAAUAACCUUGAAUGCAAAAUUAGAAGUGUAUGUCUAAAAUGGAUGUCGUGCUGUGUGUAGCACUUUCAAAAUGAAGAAGAAUGUCAGCCUGGUAUGAAUUGUAUUAAUGUCUGGGGAAAAUCCAUUAGAAUUUGAUAAGACUGAAUACCUUUUUGUGACUCAAUCUGACCCCAAACCAUAUUUAAAAAUUUGAAAAUUUACCUUUCCUGGUAUUAAAGUUGACUCAGAUGACUUGAUAGAAUUGUUCAUGACAGCAUAAAAGGAAAUUAUCUUUCCAGUUGUAAUUUAAAAUAAGCAGUUCAUACUCCUAUGACAGUAUUUCUAUGGAAAAACUUGAUUAUUCAUCAUUACUUAAAUGCAGUUUGUGACAGCAAUCAAGGAAUAAAAUUAUAGGCCAGACGUGAGCACAAGAACACUGUGUACAUCUCUCCCUUUGGUACCUGCUGCUCUCCCAUGUUAGUACUUCAGGGAAAAAGAAAACUGCAGUUGCUGGAAAUCUGACAUAAAAACAGAAAAUACUGGAACUAUCCAUCAGGUCAAGCAGCAUCUGUAGAAAAGGGAAGCAAAGCUCAUCUGAAACACUUACUCCAAACACAAGAGGCUCUGCAGAUGCUGUAAAUCCAGAGUAACACACAAAACGCUGGAGGAACUCAGCAAGUUAGGCAGCAUCAAUGAAAUGGAAUAAAGAAUCCACGUUUCUGUCGAGACCCUUCAGCAGGACUUGGUGUAACCCAAAACAUUGUCCCUUUAUUCUUCUCCACAGAUGCUGCCUGACUUGCUGAGCUCCUCAAGCAUUUUGUUAUGUUACUCUGAAACUUACUACCUUUUUGCACAAAUGCUGUCUGACCAGCUGCUUCGAGCAUUUUCUUUUAAUUUGCUUCAGACCUGUAGGUUGGUGAAUCUGUUUGGUUGUCACAUGAAGCUACUAGGUAUGUUUGGUUGCACCAUGCUGGAUGUAGUCUGUGCUGUAUACUUAUCACUCCUCUAUGUAAAUUAAUUUAAUGAUCUGUUCCCCUAUCCUUUUCAGACUUGGGAUUCCUAAUCCCUUUCCUUUGUAAUAUUUGUAAUUGUCAAAUGUAUGACAUAGAAACCAUUGUGGAAGAUAUUGAACUUGAAAUGUUUCACAGAUGCUGCUUUAUCUGCUAAAUACUUCCAAUGUUUUGUGGCCUUUUUCAAAUUUCCACCAUCUGAAAUAUUUUGUGUAUUGGGCUUAGUAUAUAAAACACCUCUGUUAACAAACUGAUGUAUUUUCACCUGGGUUGAGUUUAAUGUUGGAUGUCAAAAAUCAAGAGAGAUGUGAACUACUGACUUAACAUUAUCUGUCACACAAAUUGUACAAAGAACUGUCAUUAAUCAUAAAGAAUUCCCAGUUUCUGAUUUUUUUUUAGUAUUGGGUUUUGCAGAUUAUGCUUCUUGUCAUUUUAAAAGCAUAUAUUUAAAAAUGGGCAUAUUGCAAAUCCAAGCCUUAUGUAUUCCUUAGUUUAUUAUGGGAGGGUGGGGGUGGGGGGAGUUGGAAAAGCACAUCCUCUCCUAUUUUACAGGAAAGUAGUAAAACGUUCUGGAGAUUUCAGCACUUUGCCCCUGUAAAGUUACUUGUAAAAUAUAACAACAUGUUUUUAUCCUUAGUGAUGAUUGAAACUUUAUUAAAAUGAAUACUUGCUAAACUGGUUGACUCUCUAACCUUAUUUCGUAAGUUUAUUUAUGGUUGCAUUAUCACUUAAUUGGUAUACAUGAUGGGUUCAGUAUUGAUGGAGAGUGCAAAGAACACACCAGCACGACAUUCAACUGAACUUUAUCGACAUUGCUGCUUGUACAACGUGGGGACGGCUGCGUGACAAAGGAAUCACCUGUAAAGUACCACAAGAAAUAAUGCCUUGCUGUGAACAGAACACUGAACAACUAUUUACUUGAAGCUUUAAUAGCAUAGUGACAUGAUAAUUGUGGAAACUUAAAACUGCAAUGAAUUCUUGAAAUCUUAAAUCUGUAUUAUUUAUUAAUUACAUAAAUAGGCAUCCGUUAGUCUUGUGAGACCAUGGAUUUACAUCUUGGAAAGUUUCCAGGGCACAGGCCUGGGCAGGGUUGUAUGGAAGACCAGCAGUUGCCUAUGCUGCAAGUCUCCCCUCUUCACGCCACCAAUGUUGUCCAAGGGAAGGGCAAGGGCCGAUACAGCUUGGCACCGGUGUCGUUGCAGAGCAAUGUAUGGUUAAGUGCUUUGCUCAAGGACACAACACUCUGCCUUAGCUGAGGCUCAAACUAGCAACCUUCAGAUCACUGGACCAACGCCUUAACCACUGGGCCACGCACAUAACUCAGGCGUAUUUCUGUUAAUUCAUUAAUUUCUGUGUGGUGCUCCAGUUCUAUUGAGGAGAAACCAAGAAUUAAUAUAAAAACAUUUGAGGGAUCAUAUUAAUAGAUGAAUCAUGAAUUGGUUUCUUUUUCUAUAGAUGCUGCUUGACAAGCUGAGUUCUUCCAGCAUUUGUUUUGUUACGGAUUCCAUCAAAUACAAACGAAUGAAAAAUCAGCUGUUAAUCCAAGUCUUUCCAUACGUGUUUGCCUUUGAAAUUCACUACUGUGAAGCCUCUGCCAGUGACGCCUACAUUGAAGAAGUUUAAAUCUUCUCUUUGACGGGAGUUCAGUAAAACCCUCUCUCGUUGCUCCCCAUCUAUAAUUUCUUCAGCCCUUCAACUUUUCGAUCUUCUAUCAUUUUGUAUUUUCCCCUUCCCCUCCCCCUCCUACUUUCAAAUCUCUUACUAUCUUUUCUUUCAGUUAGUCCUGACGAAGGGUCUCAGCCCGAAAGGUCGACAGCGUUUCUCCUUAUAGAUGCUGCCUGGCCUGCUGCGUUCCACCAGCAUUUUGUGUGUGUUGCUUGAAUUACCAGCAUCUGCAGAUUUCCUCAUGUUUGUCUUUCCAUACAUGCUUCUUGACUUGAUGUUUCCAGCUUUUUCAGUUUGCCUUCCAGAUGUGCAGGUUUUGAGCAAAUAUAAAGAAAUUGUGACCUUUUUUAAGACAUUUACAAGGAUCAGCCAUGGACUGAUUCUCUGUGCCAGGAAUCUAAUCCUGAUGAAGGGUCUUGGCCCAAAACAUUGACUCUUCGUUCCCCUACAUCAAUGCUGUCUGACUUGGAGUUCCUCCAGUACUUUGUGUAUAUUGCUCACGAUUUCCAGCAUCUGAAGAAUCACUAUAGUCUUUGCAUCCUCGAUGUGGUAGAGUCACAUCUGUCAGGAUUGCUGAUGUGUAGUAACACUUUAAUGGGACAGUUUGCCAUCUGUAUAUUAACACUGCCUGGUGAGGUUGAAGUGACAAUUCAAGUUUAAAUGUCACUCAAUCAUACAUGAAUGCGGUCAAAUGGAAGUGUUCCUCUGGGGCCAAAGUGCAAGUAUGGUACCAACAGUCACAUGCAACACAUAUAAUUAUGAUAGCAGAAAAACAUAGUUACUAUAUGCCCAAAACAUCAACUAUACUUUUUCCCAUAGAUGCUGUCUGUCCUGCUAAGUUCCUCCAGAAUUUUGUGUGUUGCAUCUGUAGAGUUUUUAGCUUGUGAAAAGGCAAUCCCUUGCACUGUUUCUUGAUCCACGCACUGCCUCUGAGCUUGCCCCUUGGGUGGAUGCAGCCGCUGACCAGACGAUGCGCAGCCAGCAGCAGUUCAGACCUUCAGUACACAAUAUCCAGCGGUGUCUUGCGAUUGUUCAGAAAACCGAAAGGACUUGGAACCAGCGAGGCCGUUGCGACCCAGGUCACCACCAUCCUACCGGAAACCGGACACAGCUGCCCAUUGUUAAUACAGGAAAUGGU